UAUUUAUGUGCAAAACAAAUCUUAUUGGUAUGGAGUGAGUAACCACAGUGACACUGCGCUAACUCUAUUUCCAUAUCUCUGGCAUUGUUGUGUACGUUUUCAAGUUUUAUCAAAUAAAAACUGAACUAAAAGUGUGAGUCGUAGACUUGCGGAGACCUGUACUAAAAAAAAAUCAGUAAGAUUUCGUGUACUAUUACACCUCUAGUGAAAACAGGGAUCACUAGCACUUUAACAGAAGAAAACUAGAAAACAGUAGUCUGGACAAAUUUCCCUACUCAUUCAUGAUAUGGGGUUGCAUGGUCAGGUAAAGGAUCAGAGAGGAUGCACAGGUUUAUGUAAAUACAUCAAUACAUUUAUUAUUCCAUUAACAAACAAUAGAUUAGAUGAUGUUAUUUUUCAGGAUGAUUAUGCUUGCUAUAGAGCAACGAUGGUUAAAGCUUUUCUUUAACCAGGAAAGGCAGAAUCAACCCACUGCAAGGGCCAGCAAACAGUCCUGAUCUCAAUCUGAGUGAAAGUUUGUGGAAAUGUAAAAAAAAAAAAUGGUCCAUGAGACGGCUUCAUAUUGAAAAGUCUGAUCUGUCAGACACUAUUUGACAAAGUUGAAAACAGCUUGAUUGUUUUGCAUCAAGGAAUCCGUCAGAAAUGUGGCUUCUUUUUUUAAAUUUUUCAAUAAAAAAAAAUUUACAUUCCUCUACAUGAUCUGAAAAGAAAAAAAUUCAAAUUAUGAAAUUUGAGUAGGUUAAAAGGUCUGUUAAUAAACAAACAAAAAAAGUCUAGAAAUAUUACCAUGGGUUUUAGAUAAUAAGUGGUGAUGUGGCCUUCAUUGCAGCAAUGAUUUCAUAAUUUAAAAGAUAAAAUAUGAUUAUGGGUGUGAGAAUACAUGAAUUGUCUUGUAACAGCUGGUACUUGGGAUAUUUUAAAGUGUUAAUUUCAAGGUAUUCAUUUCAUCGUUGAAUAAUUCAAUAUAUAGCUUCAAGCAUACUGUAGAUAAUGUACAGAAUAAGUUAGUGCAUGUCCAAAAAAACCUAACAAAAUAAAAGAAUACAUUAUAAAUAAGUGAAUAUAGUGUCUAAUAUCAAAUAAAUAAAAAACUAUUUGCUUUUAUGUUUUUGAAUAAAAUGCAAAAAAUGGUGUAUGGUUUCCAUGAAUUUAAUAACAGCCGCAGUAGAGGAUUGAUGUAUAGCUCGGUGUAAUCUGAGUCUGACAGCCUGGUGUUCAGCUUUUCAACACCAAGGUCACUCUCUUGGCCAAACGUUGAAUGAGAUGAGCGCUUCUAAAGAGCCAUUAGGUUCAUGAUAUUCACUGCUCCAGGUGAAGGUAAGUGACCGUCUUUUGAAUUGGAUUGUGUAAAAAUAAACAAUAAAUAUUCAAUAAAGUAAUAUUGUCUAGUUUGCUAGAUAUUCCCUUUGGAUUUUGCUGAAUUUUGUGUAUUAUUGUGUAUAAAUGUUUGUCCAUUAUUGUCAUCCAGUGCUUGUUAUUUUCACUACAGGCUUAUUGACUGCUGUGUGAAUAUACAAUGCUAUGAUGAUGUCAAAUAGAAAGCUAGAAGAAGGUUUCCACCUUCUAGAUAACGAAGAAAGACUACCAGAUCUGCAAUCAUGUGAAAAGAGCACUUUACAAUCCCAACACAAUUUGGAUAUAUUUAGUAUUAGUUCUGGAAGUCCGUGCUUAAACAAAGAUGCUCAGAUGAACAGUAAAAGCAAGGAUAAUCAACAGUCUGAAGAGCUCUUACUCCAGCCUUUGGACACAUCAGGAACCCUGGCACAUCUACGCCAUGCAUCACCUUUGGAAUCAAUUAGAGAACUAGUAGAAAUGGAGGAGAGGACUGAAGGUCGAAGUCCAGGUGAUGGAGCAGUUCCAAUUAAGGAUAUGACCAAAGAAACUUCCCCUUCCACUCUUAUGAGAUAUGGUGAAUUGUCUUCAGAUGGAUGUGGUGAUGUAUUAGAAAGGACUGCUUUGGGGCAAGACUCUAACACACAGUUUGAUUUGCUGGAUACUUGCAGCUCCAUGGAUGAUGUCCCAGUAGGAUCAUGUCCUCCAGGAGACACCACAUACAUUGCAUUGAUUCCUGGACACCUGGAGUGGGGUUCUUCUGAUAAUCAGAAGGAUGUGGCAGGACACCAGCUGACUCCAUCCCAAGAGAGUUCUGAUAUUUUAGUGGACAAUCAGUCUGUCAUUACACCACUGCAAGAUCUCCAAGAGGAGUCCACUUGUUCUCAAACUGGCAUGAAGAUUAAUAAAGUCAGUGAUGAGUCAGAGGAAGAGAUUUUUAAUCCCAACUUAAAGGCAGCUGAUAGUCAUAUUUGUGGAAAGGAAGGUGGUGUGAAUAACCAGACCCUAAUUGAGGUUCUCUCAGCAUGUGAAGCCAGAGUGGAGCAGCUUGAAGAGCUCAAAUCAUCUUCAAUUGAGAUGUCUGCCCAGUUAAGAUCUGCUCGGGUUCUGACUGCCAGGCUGCAUCAGAAAGUGCUUAACCUAGAGCAUGAAUGCCAUCUUAAGGACAAAGAGCUUCAGGAUUUGAUGGUCAGCCUUGAAAAAACAAAUGAAGCUCUACAAACACGUAACUCAGAAAUGGCUGCAGUCACUGAGGAGUUCCAUCGACUUCACCUGGAAUUGGAAGAGCAGAAGAAAACGGCUGCAGCUGGCAGGACAGUCAGUGCCAACGGGCAGCUCGCUUCAAACACACACUGCCGGAAUGGCAGCUCCAAAGUGUGCACACUGUUGUGAGAACAAGAAAUGUUCAUUACGCUACAAACCAGUUUAUUAGGCACACCUGUUCUUCAUGCAUUUAUCCGUUCGGCAAAUCAGGUGGUACCAGUGUAUUGUAGUAUAAAACCAUGCAAAUAGAAAGAAUUUUCAGUGACUUUGACUUGUUUGCCUCCAGUCAGACUGGUUUUAUUUGGUCCCCUUUAAUUAGUCCCCUUUAUAUUUGACCGUAAAAGUCUGCAAUAUUGUCAUGAUAUAACUACAGCAUCCCUCCCGAUUUGAAGACACUUUUUUGCUUCACUACGUAAGUCAGAUUCAGUUAAUUGUCAUGGUUUAGAAAGAUUUCACAUAAAGUUGGUAUAAAUGUAUCCAAAAGAAGACAUUUUUCUGAGGCCAUUCUCUCUAUGCCAGCUUCCAAAGCAGAGUAAAGAUAAUUUAUGUAAUGAAAAUGUUAGAUAUGGUGUCAAUAUAUUGAAAUAAUUCUCCUAGAUGUGCAAAUACUAUUGAAAAAAAUCACAUCAACCCUAUUGAUAGUUUUUUAUUUCAAAUCUAAUGUGCAAAGCAUGCAAAAAUUAAUCAUUUUCCUUUAUGUACAUUAACAGUAAAACAUUUACUUACAGACUGGUUACAUUUAUAAAUUUAUUAAAUAGAUAAUUCCUUUUAAAAUACUUUUGACUCUGUGGUUUGCAAUGCCACAUUGCAUACAAUGAUGCAUUUACACAGUGCUCUUACUGAUUAAAUUCUACGAAGUGAAACUGAAACUCUGCCAGAAACCCCUUCAGCUUUUUGUCUGUAUAGAGAGUUUGACUGUGUUGCUGUCCUUCAUUAAAAUUAAAAGAUGGAACAUUAGGAGCCUUUAGGGGUCAAUGUCUUGUCCACCCUUCAUGAGCCUGAAAGCUCAUUCUCCACACCUGCAUGUGGACCUUUCCCUUGUCAACACUUUCUCUUCUUUAGAAAGCCCUUUUGUUUAGCUCAUGCAACACAUACAUUAAUUAUACAUUCUGGCUCAAUUACGCUGGAAGAGUCUUGUGCUCAUGCACAUGAAAUGAAGGUCAAUCCCAGGACGGGUAGGAAUAAUGCUGACAAAUGUGUUUGAAUGCUAUGCAACAAACUAGGUAAUUUAAAGAUUUACACUGAACAAAAAAUGUUUAUCACUUUAUACACUAUUUGCUUUGGGUAGGAAUAACAAUGACAAAUGGAAUUCAAUGCUGAUCAGUAACCUUCCAAAUCCAGAGAUAUGACAAAUAUUCAAUUUAAAAUUUAGUUUCAAUCAAAGCAAUCUGGCCUCAUUUUGCUAUUAGGAAUUAUGGUUUCUAAAGAGACCACUUAUUCUGGGUUUAGUUAUGUAUUAUUUAACGUGUAGUUUAUUGCAUUGUAAUUUCGUUAGCCUGAUUAGUUUUAUACAUGAUGCUCCAUCAUAGUUGUUACACUAGUUUGCAUACAUAUUCAGACCUUUUAUGACCUAUACAUUUAAUUUGGAUAGAUUUUCAUAAUUUCCAAAUGGUAUACCACAACUUAACAUCCUGAAUAAGAGUGGCUUAUACUUUUGUUAAGAAUGACUGAAAAACAUUUUAUUGUUUCUUUGGUUAUGGCUUUUAUUUUUA